GGUUUAAAUGAAGGCACGUGGCCUCCACAAGGCUGUGUGAUGAGAACAGAACUAAAAGGUAAAUGGGCUGUGGUAUUUGGUGAUCAUGGGCCUAAUUUUAAGAGCCCAAAACUAAAAACAGAACAACGACGUCGUAUAGUGUUUGCUGCUUGUCCUCGUUUCUCGCGUGAACACAAAGCGGAGAUAUCGGAGAGAAUCGGAGAAGAAGAAGAAGAGAAGGGUUUUGUUACCGAUUCCUGCAAGUCACUGAAGAUGCAAUUAACUCUUGAAUUCGGCGGAGGUUUAGAAUUGCUCUGUGACUCCGUCAAGAUUCAUAAAGUUAACAUCAAUGAAUCCGAUAUCUUGACAAUGAAGGAUUUGCUAUCAUGGGUUCGUACCAAUUUGAUCAAGGAAAGGCCUGAAAUGUUCAUGAAAGGCGAUACUGUGAGACCUGGAGUUCUCGUGCUCGUUAACGACUGCGAUUGGGAACUUAGCGGCCAGCUAGAUACAACAUUAGAAGAUAAAGAUGUUAUAGUUUUCAUUUCGACUCUGCACGGUGGAUGAGUAUUGAAAUAGCAGAGCCAUGACCAGCAAUCAUUGUGCUCUUUUCCAACAACUUCUGAUGAACAUUCCACAAAGCUUUGUAAUCUCUGGCUCAUUUUUACUUCUGAGUUAUAUUUGCAACCACAUAAUUUGUAAUUGAGGAAUUUUGAUGUUAUGAAUCUUAAGCGAUUAGAAUCAGAAUCACCGCAAGGUUGCUUUAU